UUAUAUUUUUCAGCGACCCAUUCCCUUCAGUAUCUCUACACGGCCUCAUCAGGGAUCCGAGGCCUGCCAGAGUACAUCAGCGUGGGGGAAGUGGAUGGAGUGGUGAUCAGCUACUAUGACAGCAACAAAAGAAAGGAGGUUGCCAGGCAGAACUGGAUGGCUGACCAUCUGAAUGGAACGUAUUGGGCUAAUGAGACUGAAGUGGGCAUCUUUCAUGAAAAGACGUUCAAAGAGAACAUAAAUAUCUUAAAGCAGCGCUUUAAUAACACUGGAGGGAUAGCUGUGUUUCAGAAGAUGUAUGGAUGCCGGUGGGAAGAUGAGACUGAUGCCACAGUCAGUUUUGAAGCAUUUGGAUACAAUGGAGAAGAUUUCAUGUCAUUAGAAGUUAAGACUAUGUCAUGGACAUCAACACUGCCACAGGCAGCUAACACAGUAUACAGAUGGAACCAUAUGGAGAGUUACAUGCCGCACAGAAAGGCUUACUUUCAAAAGGACUGUUUUGAUUGGUUGAAGAAGUAUGUCAGGUUUGGAAACAACCAUCUGGGCAGAAAAGUUCGUUCCGAGGUGUCUCUUUUCCAGAAGCGGUCUGAGGUUGUAUGCCAUGCUACAGGCUUCUACCCUGACGCAGUGAUGAUCACCUGGAAGAAAGAUGGAGUGGAGAUGAUGGACGAUGUGGAUGUGGGAGAGACAUUACCUAAUGAGGAUGGAACCUUCCAGAAGAGAGCUGUGCUCACCAUCUCACCUGAAGAGAGAAAGAAGGCCCAGUACAGCUGUGAGGUGACACACAAGAGUGGAGACCCAAUUGUUCUGGAUCAUGAGGAAGAGUUAAAUCUUCCACUCAUUAUCGCUAUACAGCUUGUUGUGGUGGUUUUGAUAGCGAUAGUGGCUGUUGCCAUAAUGAUGAAAAAGAAGAAAGAAUACACAGUGACUUCACAGGAGGACCACGGGUCUCUGACAUCCAAGGCCUGA